CCCAAACGUGCCUUUUGGGAUAUAAAGCACUUUCCAAAAACUUGCCAAACGCAAUAACGCCAACGACUUUGAUUGACUUGGAAAUUGGAAUGGAAGCACUAUGAAUAUUCAUCCCAUCCCAACCCUCCCUCUUAACAUCAGAUAUAUUUUUAUUCAGCCAAAAAAAUCAGAUAUAUAUUUUCUUAGUCUUUCAAAAUCAAAAUGGGGUGUUUGUGUUGGAAGUAUCAAGUUUUGUGUCUACUCUCCUUCCUCUUUCAUUCUACUCCAUUUUCUCUUUCUUCUUCCUUGUCUUCAAUCUCACCUUGCUCUGCUUUACUCCAUUUUAAUCACUCUCUUUCUCUUCAUAGAGAUGCUUCACAGAUGUGUGAUAUUUCUUAUCCAAAGACAGCCUCUUGGAAGGAGGAUAGGGACUGCUGUACUUGGGAUGGCGUCGUCUGUGACCAAACCACACGCCAUGUUAUUGGCCUUGACCUCAGUUGCAGCUGGCUUUACGGCCCUAUUCAUUCCAACAGUACCCUCUUCUUUCUUCGCCAUCUCAUGAGGUUGAAUCUCGAUGGCAAUGACUUCAGUGGCUCCCUAAUUUCGUCCGAGUUUGGCAAGUUUAAGACUUUGACUCAUCUUAACCUUUCUUAUUCCUUUUUUUCUGGCAAAAUCCCAUAUGAAAUCUCUCAUUUGUCUUCGCUGCUUUCACUCGAUCUUUCUUACAACUAUGGGCUUUUAAUUGAAACACCAGUAUGGAAAAGUGUCAUUCAUAACCUUACUCAGUUAAGGGAACUUCUUCUGGAUUUUUCAGAUAUGUCCUCAAUUAGACCUAAUUCUUUGAUGAAUCUAUCCUCCUCUUUCACAACUCUUAGUCUCAAUGACUGUAACUUGCAAGGAAAACUCCAAAAUAACAUCCUCUGCCUUCCCAGAAUACAAACCCUUGAUCUAGGGGUAAAUUGGAACCUUGAAGUUUAUCUUCCAAAGUGUAAUUGGAGCCUUAGUUUCUUGAAAUUCUUAGAUCUCUCUAAGACAAGCUUUUCAGGAGAAUUACCUGAUUCUAUCGGCAAUAUGAAUUCUUUGGAGAAUUUGAAUCUCGCUAAUUGCAAUUUGAGUGGGUCAAUUCCAACGUCACUUGGAAACCUUACAGAACUUACUUCUUUGGAAAUGUCAUCUAAUAACUUCAGCGGUUUGCUGCCGUUGUCACUAUUUAAUUUGCCCAAUCUCUCAACUUUAUACCUUGACAACAAUCAACUUGUUGGUCCCCUUCCUAAUCACGUAAGUGGUUUUAAUAUAAUUGAUCUCUCUUUAGGUUCAAAUUUCCUAAAUGGGACGUUGCCAUCUUGGUUAUUCAAUUUGCCCUCUUUGGUGACGUUAAGUCUUUAUGGUAAUCAAUUCAUUGGUGAAAUUGGCGAAUUCAAAUCCAAUUCAUUGGAGCAUCUUGAUUUGGGUUAUAAUAAGCUACAGGGUUCUAUAUCGAGGUCAAUAUCUAGAUUUGUUACCCUUACUUAUCUAUCUCUCUCAUCAAAUAACUUGAGUAUUAUGUUGGAGUUAGAAAUGUUUUCAAAGCUCAAAAAUCUCAAGUUACUUGAUUUUUCAAAUAAUAACUUAGUUGGCAUCAACAAUAAUGUCACCUAUACCUUGCCCAAUCUUCAACUGUUGAACUUGUCUUCUUGCAACAUUAGUGAAUUCCCAAUUUUUUUAAGAACAACAACAACAUUACAACUCUUAGACCUUUCCAAGAACAUAAUUUAUGGUCAAGUUCCAAGAUGGUUGGGGGAUGUGGGGAGGGAUUCGUUACUUUUUCUUGAUCUUCAUGACAACUUGCUUCAAGGACCAUUUCCCAAUCUAAGUUUUCUUAGUCUACGAUAUAUCUUUGUCUCCAAUAACAAAUUAACUGGAGAAAUCCCUUCUUUAAUUUGCAAUUCAAGUUCCCUUUAUGUUCUAGACUUAUCUCAUAACAACUUAAGUGGCAUAGUUCCUAAGUGUUUGGUACAAUCUAAUGUCCUCUCAGUGUUGGAUUUGCGAAUGAAUGGCCUUCAUAGUACCAUCCCUGCAACAUUUUCCACGGGAAAUAAGUUUAGGAAUAUUAACCUUAAUGGCAAUCAAUUGGAAGGGCCAUUGCCAAGAUCUUUAGCAAAUUGUAGGAACUUGGAAGUUUUAGAUCUUGGAAGUAAUAAAAUAAAUGGAACCUUCCCUUAUUGGUUGGAAGGACUUUCAAAUUUACAAGUUCUUGUCAUAAGAUCCAACAAAUUUCAAGGUGGUAUAGGUAAUCCUAAGACCAAAUUUCCUUUCCCAAAUUUGCGAAUCCUUGACAUCUCUAACAAUGAGUUUAAUGGUCCUUUGCCAAUAAAAUAUUUCAAAUUUUUGAAAGCCAUGACAAAUGUGGAUGAAGGAAAAGUUGCAAUAAAAUAUAUGGGAGAUGGGUAUUAUCAGGAUUCUUUGAAUGUGAUGAUGAAAGGGUUAUAUAUUGAGUUGGUGAGAAUCCAAACUGUUUUCACGAUCAUUGAUUUUUCAAAAAAUAGUUUCAAUGGAGAGAUGCCAAAGAUAAUUGGGAGGCUAAAAUCACUCAAGGGGCUUAACUUUUCUCACAAUAACCUUACAGGUUAUAUUCCAUCAUCAUUUGGAAAUUUGAGCAAUCUUGAAUGGUUAGACCUCUCUUUCAACAAGCUUAUCGGGGAGAUUCCUAGGCAAUUGGCAAAUUUGUCGUGGCUUGAAGUUUUAAAUCUGUCGCAUAACCAACUUACAGGACACAUACCUUCAGGAAAGCAAUUUAAUACAUUUGAUAAUGAUUCAUACACUGAAAACUUGGGAUUAUGUGGAUUUCCGUUGUCAACAAAGUGCAAUAGCUAUGCGGCAAAGAAACCACCACCAUUGACCUUACAACAAAAAGACAAUAUAGAGCCUCAAAAUGGGUUUAGUUGGCAAGCUAUAUUGAUGGGUUAUGGAUGUGGAGUGAUAUUUGGAAUGUUGAUGGGAUAUCUUAUGUUUAAAAUUGGAAAACCAAAGUGGAUUGUGAGGAUGGUCAAGUUAGAGUAACAUAUCAUGCUUAGAAGGCUGAAGAAGAAUGUCCAAAGACAUGGAGGAAAAAAUAACCAGUCAAAACAAUUUGUGGGUGGUUUUGCUAGAGUUUUUAAAGAAGGUUUCAAAGGCAUGUUGUAAUUUGCGGAAACCACUUCAUCAUAAAAUGGUUGGGAGUCUAUGUAGGAUGCAUCUGUUGUGGGUCUUCCUCAUUUCUAGAUCAUGGUGUUUUCAACCAAGGAGGAGAUUCUGGGUGUGCGGGAAUCUGACUUCAACAGCUAAAUAGAAAUUGACUCCAAAUUUGACACUAAUGUUGAAGCCCAGUAGAAAGCGGAGCUCUCCUUCAGCCCUAUCCAUGUGGCAAUAUUAGGCUAAAGAAGAAGCCUCUCUAAACACUCACUUCUUCAUCAUCCUUAUUCACUUUCUUCUUCAUUUUUUAAACAAUGGAGACAGAAUUGCUAUUUAGGAGAAUAUCAACUUCUUUCAUAGUCCUCAAAGCCACAAGACACCAUUCUAUGCCAAGUUGGUUGGCAUCAUUGCUGUUGAAGUAAUUGUAAGAUUCGAGGUUGUUGCCUCCAAUGUUUCAAAACAUAUCAGUAACUUCUGUGCACUUGAACAGAUCAAGACCUCUACGGCUAACGCAAAGUUUAAUUAUUGAGAAGUUCUAGAUUUGGAUGGAAAGCAAAAGAAAAUGCAACAUUUGAGGAAUGUUCUGCAACAGUUGAGGUUCAUAUCAUUUAGGAGUUAAAAGUCAAAGGUGAUUGAGAUUUCAACGGACGCUAUGCAAACACGGUUGGUGAGGAGCUGCAGUAAUAGACUUUAAUUUGGCAAAAGAUAAUUUUCAAGAAAGCUUCUUGAUGGUGUUUUGUUUCCUGGUAUGGAAUUAGUUUAUUAUGCCAAAAUGAAUUGUAGCUGUUUAUGUUGGGACUCAUUUUGUGGAUACACCAAUUUUAUAUUACUAAAUUAAAUACUAAUUAUGGGUGAUUUGUAGAAAUGAUUAAGCACUUAGUUUUGACUGUCAUGCUUGCAUUGUGAUGAAGAAGCUCAUUAACAUUGGGGGUGUGUGUGUGUGUUUUGGGGACAAGGAUGUGCUGCCCAAUUUUGUUAAGCUUCUCCUUGCCUAGUUGUAGUUGUUUAUGUUGAACUCCGAUGACCAA